AAAGUAUCGCAGUGUCGUCUUACGUAUGAAGGAUCGGUUCUCUGAUUGUGGGGUCUUCGGCAUGUGAGGGGGCUGAUCGAGAAGGAGCGCUGAAAGAAAAUUGUAAUAGUGAGCAAUGAUGAUGAACAUCGAGAGCUUGUGAAGGGUAACAUCUGUGGUGAAUUUUCGAGGUCCAAGGAUAAGCAGGAAAGAAAUUGGAGAACCUGAUACGUUUAGAGAGUUGGCGAAGACGAGAAAAGAUGACGCGAGUUUUGGGAUUUACAGUUUUGGUGAUACUGUUGUUUGCUGGUUCGGAAGCUCUACUACACGACAGGAAGCCCGCGACGUCUGGAGAAGCAGCGAAAGAGUAUGCUAAGGAAGUCGUUCGGGACACAGCAGACGCAACUAAAAAUGCUGGUAACGCCAUCAAGCAGACAGCCAAUGCAGCAUACGAGACUACAGCUGAUGCAGCCAAGACGGUAACAGGAGGCAGGAAAGACGCAACUUCUACUGGCGCAACUGGUGCAGCAUACAGAGACUCAGCAGGGAGGUAUGUGGAAGAUUCAGCCACGACAACUCAAAGCAAAGCAGCUGAUGCAGCAGGAGCAGUGAAAAAAUUUGCCGAGAGUACUACAGAGACGGCAGCAGACACGGCACGUGCCGCAGCAGAAAAGGCUUCCCAAGGUGCAACGGCGACAAAGGAUGCUGCCGUCGAUACUGCUCAAGCUGCAUGGGACAAAGCUGCUGUGGCCUACGACGCAACCGCUGAUAAGCUUGGGGAAACUUCCAACAAAGAUUCAGACACUCCUCGAAACAUCAGAGACAAAGUGUGGGGGCAACCAGAUUCGGAAAAAACCUACACGCAGCGUGCUUCCGAGACUGCUGAAGCCGCGGGUGAUGCUGCACGAAGGGCUGGUCAGAAUGUGAGGGACUCGACAUCAAGAGCAUUUGACUCGACCACAAAUACUCUUGGAACUCCUGUGAGGGAUCAGGGUCGGGACCAAGGGGUUCUGGAUAAAGCUGGAGAAUACUUCCAAGAUGCCAAACACAACGUCAACAAUGGGGCUGAGGCAACCAAGGACGCUGCAAUGAGGGCUGGCCAGGCAACUAGAGACACCACUUACAGAACCAUGGGAUAUGAAGCCCCCUCUGAUCAGGGAUACGGGUCUCGAGCAUAUGAAUCUGCUCGCGAUGCUUCAGCAAGUGCAUAUGAGACCGGAAAGGAGAAAUUGGGAAACAUCAUCGAGAUCCUUGGCUGGCGUAAAGCGGCUGAACACGAACACAACUCACGGUCGCCUUACGACGUCUUGGUUGGAAACACCAGAUACGUGUGGCAUCAAACCCCUAGUUCAGAGGAUUCUUAUUACCAGAAAGUAAAGGACACGCUAAGCGGAGCAACAGAUACAACGUCAAGCAAGGCUGGCCAAGCUGCGAACACAGCAUCUGAUAUGGCUGCUCGAGCCAAAGACACGACAAUGGAUGCGGCGAACCAGGCUGCAGAGAGCAUAGGGGAUGUGACGGGACGUGCAAAUGACGCUUUGAAAGACACAGCACAACGGGCCAAGGGAGCUGUGACGGACAUGACUGGAGAAACUGGAGAGACCACAUCCGAUUACCAACGGAGAGCCAAGCAAGUGUUCGGUGCAGGAGCUGCAGCUGUUGGUGCGCACAAACUAAGUGCUAGGAGUGGAAGAUUCCGCAAGGCAUUGCGAUUCUUGCAACUGCUCACCUACGCCGUCACCUUCGGAUCAGCUAUCUGGAUGACCUUCAUUUCAGGCCGCAUCCUUUCUCGAACUAUUCCCCGGGAGCAAUUCCGCAAUGUGCAGACGAAGAUGUUUCCUUACUAUUUGAAAUCACUUGUUGCUGGACAAUCGGCUCUCGCACUUUUCUCCGUUCUUACCCGCGGCUCCUCAAAAUGGUCACUUCUGGGUUUUGUCCUUUUGAUUGGCUCGGCUGCUUACAAUGCUUUCGUCCUUGAACCAAAAACAACCAAGGUUUAUCAUGAAAGGCUGCGGGUAGAGAAGGAAGAAGGCAGAGGAUUGCACACAAGCUCAGACCUUCCCGAGAAGCAGAAGAAGUUUAACGAAGUCCACGGCUUCUCUGCUAUUUUGAAUUUGUUGAGUGUGGCAGGGUUGACAUACCACGGCUGGAACAUUGUUUCCGAGCUUGUUGCUCACUAGAUAUCGUUGUCCAAAUCCAAGAAUCAAAAGUAUGUAUUGUUAUUGUAAAAAUGUCCAGCGUAAAGGGGGUAAGAUGUGCAGGUACUAAGCUAGAUCAGCCAACAUGUAUUCCGGAGACUCGUAAGUUUGAGUGACUAGGUAACCUUGAGAGUAUAAAAUUCUGUGACAUUUUUGAAAUAUCAGUGGCAAAUACAAAAAAAUAAAACAAAGUUUUUGAACUGUG